AUGACCAGGAAGAUUGACAUUUUCGUGACAAAGCACAAAAUUGACGGUAAUGGAGAGGCCGUGGCAUGGAUGUGUUUCAUGACUGUGUCAAUACCAGAGUUCCCGAGGUUACAACACAAAUGCCUUGACCCUCAGCCAAGUUACUUCGUCGAUAAUAAGAAGAGGCUAUUUGUGUGUACUUGUGAUGAAACUGGGCAUGCUUGCAUCUACAUUGUAAAGGAAGGUGUGUUCUGGAAGAUUCCGGUAGGUUCUAUGGUUGAUCUUUGGCCUUCUGACCUCACCUAUAUCCCCAGUUUUACCCCCAUUCCUUUCGCUCAAAGAUCAGAGAAGCUACCAUCUGAGUUGGUCGGAGAGAUACUUUGUCGACUGCCAAGGAAAUCACUUGCUCAAUCCAGAGCCGUAUGUAAGCCUUGGAACGCUUUUUGGGAGGACAAGAGUUUCUUGAAGAACUAUUUGGCUUGUGCACGCCCUCAAUUCAUCUUAAGAACCAACUCCCAGAUUUUUUCGGUAGACAUCCUCAAUCUGGACAACAACAACCCAAUUCUUGAGAUGCGUGAUAUAACUUCAGACAUGCCUUGUACUAGCUUAGCUCAUUGCGAUGGGUUCUUGUUAGCUAGCAUUUGGAAGAAAGGUUUUGUGGUUUGGAACCCUUGGUUAAGACAGAAGAGAUUGAUAGAGAAUCAAGAUUUCAGGUUUUGUGGCCUAGGAUACGAUAGGAGUAGACCCCAAACGGGUUACAAGGUUUUUGGGGUGAAUUUUUGUUUCGAUGGUAGUGCUAAACUCUACCCAAAAGUUGCCAUCUACGAGUGCAAAUCUGAUGCGUGGAAGUUCAUUGUUACUGCCCCUUCCGAACAAGAUUGGGGUCUGCCACAGGUAGAUACUAUUGUUUCCUUGAAUGGGAAUUUAUAUUGGAUAGCUUAUCAUUCAGUGGCUCGCCAAUAUAACAUCAGAAGCUUUGAUUUUUCAAAAGAGAUGUUCAAGACCUAUUGUCGUCUACCUCAUAACGAGCAAGACUUUGGCUACACUCAAGUCCUUGCUAUAUUCAGGGGAGAUCGGUUUUCAGUGUUAAGGCAAUCUUACAUGACCAGGAAUAUUGACAUUUUUGUGACAAAGCACAAGAUUGACGGUAAUGGAGAGGCCGUUGCAUGGAUGUGUUUCAUGACUAUGUCAAUACCAGACUUCCCGAGAUUACAACACAAAUGCCUUGACUCUCAGCCAAGUUACUUCGUUGAUAGUAAGAAGAGGCUAUUUGUGUGUACUUGUGAUGAAACUGGGCAAGCUUGCAUCUACAUUGUAGAGGAAGAUGUGUUCAGGAAGAUUUCGGUAGGUUCUAUGGUUGAUCUUUGGCCUGCUCAUCUCACCUAUAUCCCUAGUUUUAUUCCCAUUCCUUUCGAACUACCAGCGUAG